AAGUCAAGUAAAAAACAUUUUGUUCUUCAAUUUAGGGCUGGUAUGACUGGUAUAUUUUUACUAAUGAUGUCAUUUAGGAAUGGAAAUUAAAGGGAAUUCCCAUGACAAUGCAUAAAAGCAUUUAGGUUUACUUUCAUUCAGUCUGUAUCUGCUCUUGAGAUCAAACAUGAACCGCUCCAUCAUAUUGUUGUCCUUGGUGUUAGUGAUCUGCAUAGCUUUUAGUGAAGGGCAAAGGAUGUUCCUAAGCAAGCGAUGUAUAUGCUCUAAGACAUAUGACAAAAUAAAGCCUGAAAACAUCAAGGAGUGGAAAGUGCACAAAGCAAGCGCGUUCUGCAGCACAACUGAGAUCAUUGUGACUUUGAAGAAACCUCACUUGAAACUCUGUCUGAAUCCUAAAUCACCAAUGGGACAACAACUACAAUCUGUACGAUCUGUUUCAAGAAACUGAAACCCAGGACAGAUGUGCACCAAGGCUGUCCUCAAGAUUACUUAUCAGGGCACAAGAUAUGCUUAAAUAUUGCAAGUGAUAAAUAUAAUUUAUUGUUAUUUAGGCUAUUAUUAUGAGUCAAUAAGCUACGGAGAUCCAGAAUUUACAUUUUAGGUAAAUGAUCAUUAAAAUAAUACUGUAGAAAAAGAAGAACGAAAGCAUUUAACUUGCCAAUUUCACUUUCUAUUCUUGUCAUUGCCUAAUUUAAGAUAUCUAAGGUGGUUACACAACCUCAAACCAGACUUUAGCCCAUAAGUUGUUCUCUUGUUGGAUUAUGCCCCCUGCUGGACAUACAACAAGUCUAAAUGAUUUUUAAUCAUAUUGGUUAACUUAUAGUUAAUUGAAAAGAAAGUUUAGAAGCUAAAUGGACGUUAUACUUUGUUGAUACGAUGUAAAGUUGACCUUAAAUCAGAACUAGUCUGCAGAUAUACGACACAUGAUUUUAUUCAAAGUUGUUUUAUAGGGUUUUGCAAUGUGAACUUAUUUAAAUUGUAUAAUAAAAUAUUUUCAAGGACACAGCUCGAAUUAUAACAGUAGAUGGCACUGAAAAGCAGGGAUGGUUCUAGUGAGGAUGUGAAAGUGUGAUUAUUAUUUACUUUCCAUUCACAUCAUAGCAUGUAUACUGUAGCCCAAUUCAAAACCAACAUAAACCUGUACUGGUUCUCUGUGUACAUGAAUAAAACAAGUCUUGCAUGAAAGUUAAAAUGUUUUGGAAUUACAUU